GUUUCCUCUCAAGUGCCACUGCCACUAGAGUACUGCCAGUCCUCCUCCAGUCCGUCCCCGCAUAACAUAACACAACAACACCAACAUCAGCAAACACCUGCACCACACCCAUUCAAUUGACCCUCCGCUCCAUCGAGAGUGCUGUCCGAGAGACACAGGACCAGCAGGUAUCUGCUGAGCCCAUCGUGCUGCUCGUUCUUACAAAUUCACAUUCACAGUCCUCUUGUCAUUCUCGGGCUCUGUCAGCUCCACUACGACUGCAACUGUCUCCGCUGUGUGUGAGCUAACCUUUAAAGCAAACCACUACCUGCACUGGCCUGGUCGACCACGACUACCCGCGUCUUCUCACAACACCACAUCGCAUCGCAUGCAACGCGAUCUUUACUCUCCACCACAACAACAUAAUGUUCUCUGCACUUUUAGAGAGAGUGGCAGCGAGUCCUCUCGCAGCCACCCAUCUCGAUGAGACGCGUGCGUCUCCCUCAAAUUCAAUUAUCAGUACUAUCACCGUCGAUGUCGCUUCCGAUCCACAAUCAUCGUCCUCCUCAACUCCACCUACCAGCAUUGGCGACGAAGCGAGCAUCUCCUCUACCUCCCUAAAACUCGAAACAAUAGUCACUGCCGUCGCGCCCCCUCCAGAAGCCGCACCAACAGAGGUCGUCGCCGAAUCCUCUGGUCGCAGUCGUCGCGCUCGCGUCAGUGUUGGAACAUACAACGUGAAGGUAUUAAGUGGCACAGCUAUUCAUGCGCCGAGAAAAUAUCUCAAGAAUCCAGAUGGCACUCCUGUCGCGCCUAAGCCGCGUCGACGAACUAUAUCUGGCGAUACAUUGGUUGAAGCAGAUCAGCUUAUACAGGCGGCCAAUGAGGCUUUCAAACCCGAUUGGUCCGUCCAGAAGCUCCCUAGGUCCAAGAGCCAGAUCGGUCUAGCUGAGGACGCGAAAAAGACUCCUGUGAAGAAGGUUGUCAAUCGGCGCAAAUCGAUGCUCUCCACAAGCGAUAAGGUCGUCAAAAAGUUUAGCGUAUUGGGAAAGCGCAGUCGACAAACUCUUGAUGAGGGAUUGUCAAAUCUGGCAGCAAAAGUUGACCUACCAAAAGUGCCUCGGGAGCUCAAGAGAUUACAGGAUACCGAUGAAUUUGCGAAGAGAGAGACUAAAAAGGUCAUUCACGAAAUUUGGAGCAAUGGCAAACUAGUUGUUGAAGAGCGACCAAGCAAAAAGAAGAAGGUUGCGGAGGCGCCUGCUGUAAAGCAGCCAGUUCCUAAAGUAGAGGAACCAGUACCACCGGAACCCAAGAUUGUAGGCAAGAGAGAGAAAGUUUGGUUGACAAAGGGUUUAUACGCCGGACAGCUCGCCCCUGCUAAGGUGCCUCCUAAAGUUUAUAAAUCGCCUUACAGCUCAAACAAUGACGGUAGCCUAACUGAGGAGAAGCCACGAAAGAUUUUGCCCAUGCCAUUGUUCCACGGCCAGCGACUGAUAGAGAUUGGCAGAGAUUUCAAGCUGCCAUUUGAUGUUUGUUCCCCGUUACCUCCCGGACAGCCAAAACCAGAUCAGUGGUCAAAGACACACAGCAGUAAGUUUAGGUAUUCAUGCGCUUUUUCCCAACAUAGCUAACAAGGUCACAAGAUCAAUUCGUUGGCAAUGCCAAAGAUUUCUGGAAGAAGCCAGAGAAAUAUGACGCCUUCUCAUCGCAAUGCGUAUGCACAAAAGAGCAUGGAUGUGAUGAACGCUGUCAAAACCGACUUAUGUUUUACGAGUGUGAUGAUAACAAUUGCAGGGUUGGCCGUAAUUAUUGUGGAAAUCGUGCUUUUGCUGAGCUUUCUGAACGCCGCAAGGCUGGUGGAAAGUAUAGAAUCGGUGUCGAGGUUCUCAAGACUGCUGACCGAGGAUAUGGCGUGAGAAGUAACCGCUGCUUCGAGCCCAACCAAAUCAUUGUCGAGUAUACCGGAGAGAUUAUCACGGAAGAAGAAUGCGAUAGGCGUAUGAAUGAAGUUUAUAAAAAUAACGAGGUAUGUCAUAUGCCACUGUAUUGCACGUGAUUACAAACUAACGAUACUUCAAGUGCUACUAUCUCAUGUCUUUCGACCAAAAUAUGAUUCUCGAUGGCACCAAGGGCAGUAUUGCUAGAUUUAUCAAUCAUUCUUGCAAACCAAAUUGCAAAAUGGUCAAAUGGCUUGUUGCGGGCAAACCCCGAAUGGCUCUAUUUGCCGGCGACAAUCCGAUCAUGACUGGAGACGAAUUGACUUACGAUUACAACUUUGAUCCGUUUUCGGCAAAGAAUAUUCAAGAGUGCAGAUGUGGCAGCGAUAAUUGCCGUGGUGUACUUGGACCCAAGCCAAAGGACCCGAAGCCAGUCAAGGAAGCCAUCAAAGAUGUCCUCAAAGCUGGUGUCAAAGCUGGCAAGCGAAAACUCAAGGAAUUCUUGGGUGCUGAUGGGGAGGACGCAGGAAACCCUCGAAGCCCAAAAAAGAGAGCCAUCAAGGCCCCAAAAGGACUCAAACGGUCCGCUUCUUCGGCAAGCAUGAUGGCAGUGAAAGGAGCAGUGAAAGCUGUCAGACGAACCGCCUCUACCCAAAUCCUCAAAUCACGCCAAAGCGCAAGUCGUCCACAAACCCCAGUAACCAAGAAGACUGCUAAGGCGAACCCUCUAAAAACUUAUGGAAAAGCCAAAGGAUCUUCUUCGCGGAACUCCAGUCUAACUAUGGUCGCUACGGAGGACAAUAUCCAAUUGGGUACUCCUGAAAAGAUGUCUUCUGUUGGAAAGCGAUCUGUGAAGAAGAGCGUUUCGAGAGGUGCUUAUGUUGCUGACCAGGCUACACCUUCCGGUAAAGCAGGUAAAUCCAUUCGGGUUGUCAGUGCUAGUGAUCAGGGCGAAGAUGGGGCUGAAGACGAUGAUGAAAAAUAGAUAGGGGAGGUGGUGGCUUAUUGUAGGCUGAAGACCUUCGGCAUGCUCAGGAUUUUGGUCGUCGAUUUACAUCUUGGAGUUCCAGGGAUGGAGUUUCAGGGGACUGUAUUGCUUUGAUAGUAAUGGCUCGUAUUCUUCAACGAGGGCCUAGUGUACGAUUAUUUUCUCGAUAGCGCACGCAAAUAGGGUGGGGGAGGGGCGGAAUCGAUGGCGUGCGUACGACGCUUUUUUUCUCGGGGUGCUUUAUCUGGCGUCGGGGAUAUGGGAUCUCUAGAUUCGAGUCCUACUGGCGAGGUGCGUGGAGUUGGGGCAACUAAAGCAACGUGGUAGUUUUUUGUUUAAU